ACAUUUAUUUGAUGAUUUCGAUGUAUUCGAAUGAUUUAUAACCAUUAUUCAUGGGCCUGAUGAAGGAGAUAAAUGCUCAGAAACGUUGCCAUUGAAUAAAUUGUAUGCAACUGUUCCUUGUGACUAAUAUUCCUCACCAUCGAAUUAAAUCUUCGGAACGAUAAUUUAUCUGAAAUAUCAUUAUUCCCACAAAUCUUGGGUAUUAUUGAAGGUUAUCAAAAACACGUUACUUGCUUACGUUUUUUGGAGUCACUAUGAGUUGUGUUCAAGGGGAGAGUUGCCUUUCUCUAGAUAGGUAUUCAUUUCUUCAGUUUUUUAUAUGGAACGUACUCAGUUUAUACCAAAGAAAGGCUCGAAGACUACGUUCGAUCAGCAAAAUACUGGAGAUAGUGAUGCUCACGAGACCAACGAGACUAGACUCUCGUUUCGUGGGACCUAGUCAUGUCUCGCCCCGAGUAUGAAUUAAUCCUUAUUAUGGAUCUGAAUCUGCAUCAGAAUUAAUCCUCUUUACUGUAUUCAUUGCCUUCCCGUUUAGGCGUGAUCAUUCUUGAUUAUCUGGUUUUUGUAUUGCUCAGUUAAUGGAUUGAACUGUUGGACAAUAAAUCUUUUAUUUGACUUCAGCCUUGCCGCUUUCAAACUCCUCUCCAGUACAAUACAAGUUGAGAAAAUUUAAAUAUCAACGAACUGAGAUAUAAAAUCUUUACAACACCUGUCUUAGGAACCAGGAAGAUUUUACCCCUAGCAAUGCUUCCACCAACGGAGUCAGCCUUGAUGCAACUUACUAGCCGAGUUUAUUAUCAAAUUCAAAUUUGGCUAGGACGAAGGAAUUUGAAACCGGAAGAUUGGGGAUGGCAUAGAUCAAAUUUCAUGCUGCUUCCAAAAAUGAUGAGCAAGGCAAUAGCGCCACAGGAAUUGUUGAAUAACGUUUUCUGCAGUUGUAAUGGAAAAUGCGAUACUGCUCGUUGCAGUUACAAAAAAGCAGGACUGAAGUGUACAAGGUUCUGCAAAGUUUGUAACGGUAUAAGUUGUGAAAAUUUUUCAAACUUAAUAAAGAGAUCAGAAAUGAACUCGGACGUAGAUGAGGACGACGGCGAUGAAGAUGAUCUUGAAGCAGAUAAUACCAUAGGAGAAGAAGAUUGAUGCAUUAACGUUAAUAAUUAAUGAAUAAUGUAUUACUGAGUUUUUCUUUCAAAUUAUUCGCUGCAUGAAUUUCCAUUGAAUUUUUUGUCUUCAU